UCUGAUCCUGUUACUUGCUGAUACAACUUCUCAUCUAAACAAUGUGAUUUUUGUUGGUGUUUUUGUGUUAAAAGUUCACAAUAUCUUCAUAUAUCCUAUAUAGGACAAGGUUGUCAGUCAUGUAAACUUCUCGUUUUCAAGGUAACACGACGUCUGAGGAAGAAUUUGGUCUGGGAAAAAAGUCGUAUUUCGAAACCAGCUCAAACUAAAGCAGGUCGAAUUCAAAAGAGCAUUGAAGUUAAAAUUACUUUCUUCAAGAUUUAACAAGUCCAUCUAAAGAUUUAAUAUCUACCAUACGUGGUUCAUGAUUAGUUUGAGCACUAUAAGAGGUUUUUAUAUCUGGACUUCUAGAGGCAUCGGAGUGAUAGAUGAUCUAGAUCUGUGGUUACUGAAUGGCCAUUUGUCCAUCUGCUGAUUUGAAGAACUAAAAAUAUCCUUAAGCUUUAAAUACUCCAAACCUUUUAAUCAGAUCUGGGGUCUUAAUCCGAAUGAUCUUAAACCCACAAGACGCUGGUUGUGUCUGCAAUGGUUUGAAUAUCUACGAAUGACAAGUUAAAAGUCCAUUUGUGGAAUAAUUCGGAAGAUUCUUGAACAUUUGUUUACGUUGAGGAAUUUCCUGGAUUUUUUUUACAAAUUACAACUACUUUUCUAUCCUUUCAUCCAUAUUUACUAUCAUUUGGUUUACUUCUAACUGCCUUCAACGAUAGUUUUAUUUGUUUUGGUUCAUAAACGAUGGAUUCAGAGUUUCUUGGCAUCCCCGAAGGGUCUUUAGAUCGCUCAACAAGUGAACCUGAUAUUUUCGGUUCAAGCAUUCGACCUCGAACUUGUAGCAACAUGUCUCUACAAACUAAAGCAAAGAUUAAAAAGAAAACAGGGUCUUUAAGAGAAAAAGAACUGAAUUCCCAAGCAAGUGUAGAUUCUGACAAUGAUAUAUUUAUUAAUGGCAGCGUAUGUGUAUCCGAUGAUCGGCUCUCGUCACAGUCCCACAAUGGUCAUGUGACACCAAGUAGGGCGGAAGUCAAAGCACAUGCUUAUGAACGACUCAAAGAAGAACUAAAUCUAGCACAACAGGAACUGAAGCUUAAAGAUGAACAGUGUGACAAGCUUUCUAGAGUAAGAAAUGAACUGGAAUCAGAAUUAGAGGAGCUGACUGCCAGCUUGUUUCAGGAAGCACAUAGAAUGGUCCACCAAGCAAGACUAAAACAAGAUAGCGCAGAGAAAAAAUUAAUAGAGGCAAAUAACAAGGUGGACCUGUUACAAGCAGAAGUGAAUGCCCUUAAAACUCUUGUUACAUCAAGAACUCCAGGCAAUCCUAAGAGCUGGCGUCGACGGCAUAGUGAAGAAAACCUUGCCCCCUGUUCUGACUGUGGCUCAUAUGACUGUGAUGCUGCUGUACCUAAAAAUGUUGGUCGGUGUAAGGGAAAGAGACCAAGGGAUUUUCACAACCCAAAUGAACCAGAGGUGGAUGCUAUAAUGUUUAGAGAGUUUUUACAGUGGAUGGAUGAGAAUUCUAUGUCACAUGACCAGCCGUUCCUUAAUAGAAUAUGUGUAGAGAAUGUGGCACCUUGUUUGGACUUUACAAAUAAAGAGUUGGCCAUCGCUAUCCAUCAUGCCAUUGAAAAUAAUGUACUAUCAAUGGAGGAAAUUAGGUCGAAGCCAAUCUUCAGGAAAUGUGCUCUGACGGGAACCUCACGGUUUUGUCGUCAUCGUGUAAGAAUAUCAGACAACCAGGAGUGGCUAAACAUCUGUAGAAGCAGCAGAGAUAGGAUAGCUGCUGUUUGUGAUUUUUAUACUUAUAUUCGGUACAUUCAACGAGGUUUGGUCAAAGCUGACGCUACUGAAAUUUAUUGGGAAAUUAUGAGAUUAAGAGGCAAAAUGGCUCAAUCACGACUUGGUCUCUCGCCUACGAUGGAAAAACCACGUCAAAAAAAGUCAUGACCAAAAUCCAAUAGGUUUAGUAUCAUAUUUUAAUCCUCCCCUGUCAUUAGGGGACGUGGUACAUCCAUCACGUACAACUAAAAUGUCUCGUUUUUGUCCAUUUAGAAAGUAGGGUUUACUUUUAAAAAUUUAGGUACACUAGCUAUAAAUUUGUAUCUAUCCAUGCAAGGAAACAUUUGUACAUUUGUACAAAUAUUUUUACAAAACAAAACGAUGUUGUAGACCCCUUGCAGAACUUUGGAAUGCAGCUCAAUCUGGGAGACAAAAAAUUGGUUCCAAUUCUCAGGAGAUUGGAAUUCCUUUGUUUUGUCCACCUGCUCGAGCUGCUUUGACGUCACAUGCAAGGGGUCUGUUAGAGUUUGCAAAUGAGAAAUUUACCCUGCCCUCCUCACCCUUAUAAAAAUGAAGCAGGGUGACAAAAUUUUGAAUAUCCUCAUCUUUUUAGCUCGCACUACGAUUCUUGCACAUACACUUUUGACAUCUCGUUUUGUCUGUAAUAUGUACAGAAAUUUUACGAGAAAUCUCAACAUUUUGCCUGAAGUGCAUUCUUGGUGGCAUCUAAUAUAUUUUAUUGAUAUCUAAAUUUUGUACAAUCUUUGAAAAUGCUUGCCCUAAAUCUUACUGCUUGACCACUCAUUACUUUCCCAUUCCUUACGUAUCUUUUUUCUAUUUAUCUAUGUAAGUCGACCCGUGAAUAUCGCCGGUUACCUCGUAUCACACUGCUUAAUAUUUUCCAUAUUUUCACUCAUUGAUUCUAGAUAAAGCGAAUAGUUGAAUGGUAAAAUAUUCUUAUAUGGUUUGAGUCAGUGAUGCAUCUUGGAAAUAUCAAGGUUUAUUCUUUAAUAUGUUAAUGACUGUGAUGUCCUAGUCCUAAUAUUAAUUCAGCCUUGAUCACGAUCCCCAAGGGCGUCUUUUUUUUCUUACUCUGGGAGCGUCACAGUAUGAAAAAUCCUAGAACCAUCUGUGCACACUUCCUAAACGCGUCCUAAAAUGACGUCAACACUAGUGUCUCAGCGCAUUGAAGGAUAUUUUGAAGGCUAUUAAGUGAUCAUUCUAAAUGGCUCGCUUUAUGUGCUUGAUAUUGUUAAAAAAAUGCAUGCGUAUGACCAUCUGUUUUUAAUUCUUAAAGGAUUGUCGUAACAGAAUUACAUUUUACUAUAGUUCAUGUUCACAAAUAUAAUAUAAUAUUAACUUGAUUUUGAACUAAAUAUUUUGAGUUUU